GGGGCGCGAGGUUUUCAGUGCGCAGCGACGAGGAUGCGCAGCAGCAUCUCCAUGGAUCUUUUAAGAAUGCAUAACUACUGAGGAACCAGCGGGCAGGGAAAACGGCGUCUGGACGCGGCUGGAAGUGUUGGAUUCUCUUCCCGAAUGAGGAAAGCCAGCCGGGAUUGGUUAUUUCUCUCCUCUCUGUUUUUGUUUUGUUUUUUGUUUUUUUUGUAAAGAAGGCUUUCCUCUGCUUGUCUUGAGAAGAAGGAAGUUUGCGCACGGCGUCAUUAUUCUAAUAAAAAAGGUUUAAUGGGAUUUUUUUGUUUGUUUGUUUGUUUUUUUUUUUGUUGGGUUUUUUGUUUGUUUUUUUCUCUCCACAUGAGAUGGUCAUGAGGUGUCGGUGAGAGCUCCCGGAGAGGCGCCGGCGGAGGGUCCGGGGGGCGCGGGAGGGGGAGAGACCGGGGCCUGAGCGCACCGCGUCUGCAGCAGAGCGCGGCGCUGCGCGGAACGGCGCGGCGCGGCGCACCACCUGGAAACUAUAUACGGUCCGCUUGACGCACCAAACCCACAAGAAGAGAAAGGGCUGGUGCGGACUUUACGGCUCGGACAGAAACUGAUCAUGUGAUGACAAAGAGCUCGUUUGGCACGUCUACAGAGUCCAUUACAGGAGCUGAGUGAUGGCCGAGGAUGGGGGAAGUGUCUCCGCGCUCCCCGACGCCAGGGGCUCAGAGGGUCGCUCCUCUCUGCCAAGGACUUUCAUCCGGCUGAACGACCUGUCCGGGCUGGCAACGGGAGCUGUGGAGUGUGGCAGCGAGCUGGUGAUGGAGCCGGGGUCUCCGGCACCUGACGGGAUCUCUGUGGCCGGGGACGAGGGUUCGACGCAGGGCGGCGGGGAGAGCCUGCCCUACCCUACGCUGGCCCCCGUGGUCUUCUUCUACCUGAAACAAACCACGCGCCCCCGGAGUUGGUGUCUCAAAAUGGUGUGCAACCCAUGGUUCGAACGAGCGUCCAUGUUGGUGAUCCUGCUGAACUGCGUGACACUGGGCAUGUUUCAUCCCUGCGAAGACAUCAACUGUGACUCUGAGCGGUGCAAAAUUCUACAGGACUUUGAUGACUUCAUCUUCGCCUUCUUCGCCAUCGAGAUGGUGAUCAAAAUGGUAGCCCUGGGGAUUUUUGGCAAGAAGUGUUACCUCGGAGACACGUGGAACCGCCUGGAUUUCUUCAUCGUAUUGGCUGGGAUGUUGGAGUACUCACUCAACCUGCAAAAUGUUAGCUUUUCAGCUGUGAGGACUGUGCGUGUGCUGAGACCCCUGAGAGCCAUCAACCGGGUGCCAAGUAUGCGCAUACUGGUGACCCUGCUGCUGGACACGCUGCCCAUGCUGGGUAAUGUGCUGCUGCUCUGCUUCUUUGUCUUCUUCAUUUUCGGGAUCGUUGGCGUCCAGCUGUGGGCCGGCCUGCUCAGAAACCGCUGCUUCGUCAAAGACAACUUCUCCUUCCCUCUGUCCGUGGAGCUCGGCAAGUACUACCACACGGAGAACGAUGACGAGAACCCCUUCAUCUGCUCCAUGCCCCGAGACAACGGCAUGAGGGACUGCGGCUCCAUCCCCAAGCUGUACGACGAGGCGGGCCAGCAGUGCAGUCUGGACAUCGACUCCUACAACAGCACAGACAACACCACCUGCGUCAACUGGAACCAGUACUACACCAACUGCUCCGCCGGCCUCAUCAACCCCUUCAAGGGGGCCAUCAACUUCGACAACAUCUGCUAUGCGUGGAUAGCCAUCUUUCAGGUGAUCACUCUGGAGGGCUGGGUGGACAUCAUGUACUUUGUGAUGGAUGCACACUCCUUCUACAACUUCAUCUACUUCAUCCUGCUUAUCAUUAUCGGCUCAUUCUUCAUGAUUAACCUGUGCCUGGUGGUCAUCGCAACUCAGUUCUCAGAGACCAAGCAGCGGGAGAGCCAGCUGAUGAAGGAGCAACGAGUGCGCUUCAUGUCCAACGCCAGCACUCUGGCAUCCCUGUCCGAACCAGGAUCCUGCUACGAUGAGCUGCUGAAGUACCUGGUCCACAUCAUCCGGAAGGGGGCCAAGCAAGUGGCUCAUGUCUGCAGGUUUUUGGCCCGCCGCGCAGGACUUAACAUCGCCUCCUCGCCGCCAGCAACAGAGCCCACACAUAGCCAGAGGCAGAGGAGGAGAAGAAAAUCCUCCAGGCAGGGGUCUAUGUCGGUUCAUCACAUGGUGCACCAUCAUCACCUCCACCAUCACUACCAUCUUGGCAACGGCAGCAUCCGGGAGGGAGGGAGCACGAGGUGUCUGGAGGGGAGAGACGUGGAGGCUGGGGCUCCCAAAGCAAACACAAGCGUUGUGCCACUGGGCUUGGCACCGCCAUCCUCUCUGAUAGCCGCAACCUCCGACUCAAACGUCGCCGUGUUGGGAAACCUGACUUCUGGAGCGGGCGACUCGUCCUCGGGUUGCGGCGUGCUCAGAGGAGAACCGUCUCACUGCACUUUGUUUCCCACCAACCGGGGAAUGAAUCCAGUGGCCUUCCUGGCUCCGACUUCCACAUCCAGACCCAUGAAGAGGAACUCUGUACCAUUUGCUGCUCCAGGGCCUAAGAACUACCCCACCCUCCAGGCCCGAGCCUUGGCAGAGUCCAGGAGAGGGAGUGUCACUGCCAGCACGCUAACAAAUCUGAGUUAUAAUCUCAAUAUCCCACCCAUGCAUCUGGACAGACGGCCAUCCAGCCUGGUGGACACACGCACUCCAACAGCUCAGCUCUCCUGCCAAUUGUCGGCUCGUGAGCUCAUCACCAUGGAUGCAGCUGGUCUGACUAUGGACCCUGAGACCUGCCCUGAUUGCGCUAAGGCACUGGCCCAUGAGUUGGAGGGUUUCACCGAGGGCAACGAGACACCAGGUGACUCGGACAGCGACUGUGUGUAUGAGCUAUCGCAAGACCACCACCACAGGGACAGGAGAGACAGCCGGCAGCCCAGGAAGAAGAGUCGGAGGUUGGGCAAGACGGCUGCCAAGGUCGUCCACUUUUGGAGGCUGGUGUGUGACACCUUCAGGAAGAUUGUGGAUAGCAAGUACUUUGGUCGGGGGAUUAUGAUCGCCAUUCUGAUUAACACCUUAAGCAUGGGGAUCGAGUACCAUGAGCAGCCUGAGGAGUUGACCAACGCCCUGGAGAUCAGCAACAUCGUCUUCACCAGCCUCUUCUCCCUGGAGAUGCUGCUGAAGGUUUUGGUGUACGGGCCGUUCGGCUACAUCAAGAACCCCUACAACAUCUUUGACGGCAUCAUAGUGGUGAUCAGCGUUUGGGAGAUCGUCGGCCAGCAGGGCGGCGGCCUGUCCGUGCUGAGAACCUUCCGGCUGAUGCGCGUCCUGAAGCUGGUGCGUUUCAUGCCGGCCCUGCAGAGGCAGCUGGUGGUGCUGAUGAAGACCAUGGACAACGUGGCCACCUUCUGCAUGCUGCUCAUGCUCUUCAUCUUCAUCUUCAGCAUCCUGGGGAUGCAUCUGUUCGGCUGCAAGUUUGGCUCUGAGAGGGAUGGAGACACGCUGCCGGACAGGAAAAACUUCGACUCCCUCCUUUGGGCCAUAGUGACCGUGUUUCAGAUCCUGACCCAGGAGGACUGGAACAAGGUGCUGUACAACGGCAUGGCCUCCACGUCUCCAGUAGCGGCGCUUUACUUCAUCGCCCUCAUGACCUUUGGGAACUACGUCCUCUUCAACUUGCUGGUGGCCAUCCUAGUCGAAGGCUUCCAGACCGAGGAAAUUACCAAGCGGGAGGACUUGCAUGCCCAGCUGAGCCUAAUUCAACUGCCUGUAGACUCAGGGGGGGAUGCUUCUAAAACCGGGUCGGAGAUUGAUUCUGUUGCACGAAGUAUGGAAGACGUCAAUGGCAGCAAAAAGGACUUAUCGCCUUCAACAGUAGUGCCGGUGAAUGGUCACGUGGAAAUGAAGACCAGUCUGACUCCACCGCUCAUCACCCACACCGCUGCCACGCCCAUGCCCGUCCCCAAGUUGCCCGUGGCGGGCGACCCCGUCCUGGGCUACGAAUCUUGUCAAGGCAGCAAUAUCUCCAUCGACCCAGCCUGCUUUGACAAAUCGCCUACUAGCGUCCGCUCCUCUCCACACGGCCAGUGGACGACCGGCAGCGGCUGGGGCAGCCGACGGUCCAGCUGGAACAGCCUGAGCCGCGUGCCAUCAUACAAGCGGCAGAAGCGACAGUCUGGCGAGCGGCGGUCUCUCCUGUCCGGGGAGGGCAACUCGAGCUCCGACGAAGGAGACGGGGGAGGAGAAGGCGGAGGCGGGUUGGUGGACGAAGACAACACGUCCCUUCCUAGGACGGACUCGAUGUCGCAGCCUCACGGAGGACCGCGGCACAGGAGGAUGGAGUCCGUAGAAACUCGGAGCUCCAUGGAUUUGCCUCCUGAGGCCUUACUGCAGGUGCCCUACCUGCACCGCUCAGCCAGCAUGCACAGCUCCAGGCCGCCCUCCCUGGCCCACCUACGGCCUCCAGAACACAGCGACUGCAACGGGAAGGGAACUCCGUCGGCCCUGGGCCCGACCAACGUCUCCCUGGAGGAGAACACAGAAGACGAGAACGCGGAGGAGGAGGUCAGCCAGAGUCGUUUUGACAGGAUUCUCCGAUGGAUGGAGAAGAAGCAGCCAGCAUGGUGUCGGCAGAGAGACACAUGGUCCCUCUACCUGUUCCCCCCACAGUCCAGGUUCCGAAUCCUGUGCAACAAGAUCAUCACCCACAAGAUGUUUGACCACAUCGUUUUGGUCAUCAUCUUCCUCAACUGCAUCACCAUCGCCAUGGAGAGGCCUCGCAUCCAUCCCAGCAGUGCCGAGCGGAUCUUCCUGACAUUCUCCAACUACAUCUUCACCGCAAUCUUCGUGGCAGAGAUGACCGUAAAGAUUGCGGCCAUGGGCUUUUUCUUCGGGGACAAAGCCUACCUGAGGAGCAGCUGGAACAUCCUGGACGGGAUGUUGGUGAUGAUUUCUGUCGUCGACAUCCUGGUGUCUCUCAUCUCCAACACGGGAACCAAAAUCUUGGGCAUGCUCCGAGUGCUGCGGCUGCUGAGGACGCUCAGGCCGCUCCGCGUGAUCAGCAGAGCUCCGGGGCUGAAGCUGGUGGUGGAGACACUGAUGUCGUCACUCAAGCCUAUCGGGAACAUCGUCGUCAUCUGCUGUGCCUUCUUCAUUAUCUUUGGCAUCCUUGGCGUCCAGCUUUUCAAGGGGAAGUUCUUUGUGUGUCAGGGGGAGGAUGUGAGGAACAUAACCAACAGGACAGACUGCGAGGGGGCCCACUACAAAUGGGUCCGGCACAAGUACAACUUCGACAACCUGGGGCAGGCAUUGAUGUCUCUUUUUGUACUGGCCUCAAAAGACGGAUGGGUGGAUAUCAUGUAUGAUGGCCUUGAUGCUGUAGGAGUUGAUCAACAGCCAAUAAUGAACUACAACCCGUGGAUGCUGCUCUACUUCAUCUCCUUCCUCCUGAUCGUGGCCUUUUUUGUGCUCAACAUGUUCGUGGGCGUGGUGGUGGAGAACUUCCACAAAUGUCGGCGCCACCAGGAGGCAGAGGAGGCCAAACGCAGGGAGGAGAAGAGAUUGAAACGAAUGGAGAAAAAGAGACGGAAUUUAUUGGUUCCGGGGGUGAGUUGGGCCCUCUCUGACGGCACACUGAAAGCUCAGAGUAAGCCCUACUACUCAGAUUACUCCCCCACUCGGCUGCUCAUCCACAAGAUGUGCACCAGCCACUACCUGGACCUCUUCAUCACCAUCGUCAUAGGGCUCAACGUUAUCACCAUGUCCAUGGAGCACUACGAGCAGCCACAGGAGCUUGACAACGCGUUGAAGAUCUGCAACUACAUCUUCACCCUCAUCUUUGUUUUGGAAUCUGUCUUCAAGCUGGUGGCCUUUGGAUUUCGGCGCUUCUUCAAGGACAAGUGGAACCAGCUGGAUCUCGCCAUUGUUCUGCUGUCCAUCAUGGGCAUCACUCUGGAGGAGAUUGAGGUCAACGCUUCGCUGCCCAUCAACCCAACCAUUAUCCGCAUCAUGAGAGUGCUGAGGAUAGCAAGAGUGCUGAAGCUCCUGAAGAUGGCGGUCGGAAUGAGAGCUUUGCUGGACACAGUUAUGCAAGCUCUGCCUCAGGUGGGGAAUCUGGGCCUACUCUUCAUGCUCCUCUUCUUCAUCUUUGCCGCGUUGGGAGUCGAGCUGUUUGGCGACUUGAUCUGUGAUGAGCUCCAUCCGUGUGAGGGUCUGGGCCGCUACGCCACUUUCAGGAACUUUGGGAUGGCGUUCCUGCUGCUCUUUAGAGUUUCCACUGGCGACAACUGGAAUGGCAUCAUGAAGGACACUCUGAGGGACUGCGCCCACGAAACGGGGACGUGCUACAACACCGUGGUCUCUCCCAUUUACUUCGUCUCCUUCGUCCUGACCGCCCAGUUUGUCCUGGUCAACGUGGUCAUAGCCGUCCUGAUGAAGCACUUGGAGGAGAGCAACAAGGAAGCCAAAGAGGAGGCAGAGCUGGAGGCCGAGUUAAACCUGGAGCUGCAAAUGGAAGGAGCAGACAUGGCGCCAAGAUCGCCCCAGCUCAACCCCCUGGCCCUGGGCAUGGAUCGGUCAAGCUCAGGGGGUUCCCCCUGGAGGUCCGCCGGAGGGGGGGACAUGGUGCAGGAGCGGGAAGGUCCUAUGGACUCUCCCACUGCUGAUAUAACCAGAGACUCUGUAGACAUCAGAGCAGAACCCCCCGCAUACCCAGAGCCCCAGCUGGAGUUUGUGCAGCGGAGACCGCUGUUUGACUCCAUCUCCCUGGUCAUCCAGGGCUCAGUGGAGGGAGAGUUGAGUUUGAUGGACAACCUGUCCGGCUCCAUCUGCCACUACUACGCGCUGCCCCCCAGGCCCAACAAGCACAGCACCGACAAGAAGAUCCCUCUAGCGGAGAUGGAAGCUCUGUCUCUGGCCUCAGAGAAAUCCUGGUCCCUAGCUCUGCCCGACGACUCGGCCCCUGGCGAUUUUAGCCCCCUCUUUCUAAGCGCUCUGGAAUGCAAUCCGGAGGCACCAAAGGACAACCUGUUGAGCGUCAGAAAACCUGCGGUGGGACGCACUCACUCUCUGCCCAACGACAGCUACAUGUUCUUCCCCCUUCAGCCCUUUGGUUCUUCGUCUCCGUCUCCAGCGCAGCUUGUAGCACAAUCACAGGGGCCCCAGCACCUAGUGGGCACUCACAGGGCCCAAUCAGGCUCCAGAGGCUCAGUGCGCUCUCAGCCAGAGGAGUGCUCCCAGCAGCUGACGGUCCCCACUGACUUCUUCAGACCCAUCAGCCCCCACAGCCACUCAGACUCCGAGAGUAUUCCUCGACAACCUACGUCAAGACGCACACAUGCACUUAGCCGCACGCUCCGCCGACAGGUUGCAGUGUCCACUGAUUCUCAGGAGGCCCUCUGUUCAGAUGAACGGGAGAGCAGUGAAGGACUUCUGAACGCGGCAGCUUUGGGUCUACCUCUAUCCGCCUCUCCCUCCCAUCAGCAUCAUCAUCCCCAUCUACACCCAGCUCUCUGCCUGGUACCUGCCACACCGGGUGCCUCCCCUAAACCCAGCAGCGUGCACACCCAGCAACAUGACCAGCACUGUCUCGCCUCCUACUCUUCUUCUGCGUUACCGUCCACGUCCUCCCACCCGCCUCCUCCUCCCUUACCUGCCAGGCCCCAACAGCAGCAACAAGAGGAGGUGGAGGCGGCGUCGGAGGAUCGUGAAGUUUCUCUCAUCACCUGUGGAGGACUGGUGGGAAGCGACAGCGUUGCUGCGGAGGACACGGUGUGCCAGGAGAGUCGGAGUCCCUGCACAAGGCAGCUCAAGAGGUUCCACAGCGUCGACACGCAGGGGUGUAGCACCCUCCUGCCCCGCCCGCGUCCUUACUCCUGGCUGGACGACCCGCGGCGCCACUCCGUAGAAGUGUACCCGGCGAAGGACCCUUGCCCACAGCGCAGUGCCGCCUCCACGUCUUCGGGGUUUGUGUCCCGGUCAGACAGCCUGCAGAUUCCCACCCAGGCCCCACUGCCGUCGCCCCGGCGCAAGAAGAAGAUGAGCCCACCCUGUAUAUCCGUCAACCCGCCUGAUGAACUCGAACCCCAGUCUGGCCUCUACCCAAGCCUCAGUGGCAUGGGGUUGGCGGGAUUAGGAAUGCCCCCUCCUCUGCCCAGCAGGGACACAUGUCUGAGGAGGAGAGCACCCUCUAGCGACUCCAAGGACUCGUUCGACCUGGGAGUCGGAGAGGGCUUGGGGCAAGACGGAGGCUCGCCGAAUCCCAAUCCCAGCUCCAAGCUAUUGACUCUUCCCAGCUUCUCCUUCGAGAAGACAAGCGCCGAGCACUGAACAUCAACUCUCCCAUCACACACCAGAGCAUAUAACCCCCCCCCACACACACACACACACACACACACACACUCGGAUGAACUCUCUGCAUACACACAAACACAUGAUGCACUCUGUGUAUCUGUGAUGGUGAUAGCUCUAGUAAUAAUGCUGUAGAAAGUAAUAAUGGUAAAACUACAACAAACAGUGAAACCAUCCUUCAUGAGGAGUGCGGUACUGUGGUAGUGUGACCAUCCCUCGUCUUUGUAUUGUUACUGCCGAAACAGCCGGAGAACGAGUGACCACCUGAGACGACAAAACGAGACUGUUUCUCUUCUGCGACAACUUGCAGUUUGACCCCUGAACCUCUGGAGCAACAUCAGCAUCUGGGAUUUGGCACCCCCCCUUGUGGCCGCUGUCAGAACUGCCUGGUGUUGCACAGGGUGGAUCUGGUCGGUGGAGACACAAAGCAAUAUGAACGUUUUAGAGACACUAUUUUCUUAAAUUAUUGGGCCAUCGUGUUUGUACAGGAUGUUGUUUUUUUUGUUUGUUUGUUUUUUUUUUUACGUUUUCACAUCUUAUUUGUUUUUUUUUUUUUGUCAAUUAUGUUUUGUCUUUCUUUUUCACUGUAGGAUAUUUCUAGCUUCCUUGGCUUACCAAGGAAAGUGAGCGUUUUUCAAAGUGCUGAAAACCAUGUAUUUGUAGGAAUAAUAUAUAAAUAUAUAUAAAAAGAAAUCAUUAAACUGAGCUUGGAUUUUUAAGCACACACAUCA